GCCUGGCCGGCGCCGCCAGCCCGGACACCCCCGCGCCUGCCUCUUCCGACCGUGACGGCGCUUCUUCUGGCCCCGACAGGAAGAGGAACGGGCGGCCUCGCGUCUCCGCCCGUGCCGCCGCCCUUGCCGCGGAUGCUUCCGCGGACGGUGGUGGUGAGUUGGGGAGCGAUGACGGCGGCCGCGGCGAGGCUAGGGCUUGGGGCGGCACCGGCGGCGGCUCCAGUGUUCGGGGGACGCGCAUGAGCUUGCGGCCAGGGUCUCGGCUCGGGAAGCGGCCUGUGGAGCCAGAUGUUCACGCGGGGAUGGGGCUCGGACCGGAUGGAGGCGGGUCCGGUCCUGGACGCAAGGUGCACGACGAAAUGCUGCACCAGCGCGCGGAGGCGACGGCGAAGCGCCGCAAGGGCGUAUCUGCUUGGCUGGCCGACUACGUGGCUGAUUCAGAGAGUGACAGUGAUGAUGAUUUUGUUCUGCCGAGCGCGGGCACGCCUGCUGGAGCGGCCGAUUACGUGCCUGAUUCGGAGAGCGACAUGGAGGAUUUUGUGCCGCCGGGGGGUCAUGGCAUGAAGGUACCUGCAAACUUGUUCAGUCCUUUUAAUCUGACUGAACCGAAUGGGGUGGCUAUCGGUUCGCGUAUGACCGGCGAGGGGAGCGAUGGUUCUUUGAGGGCUCAUAAAGUGAAAAUUGGUCAAGUUAAUGACAGGGAUGAACAGCCCUUCAGUAAGGAGUCUAUGCUCAUGCAUGAUUCGGCAGAGGAGGCAGCUGGUGGCAUUGUUAAGCCAUUAGCAUCUGAUGCAGACACAGUCUUUGUGGAUAUGGAUCUCAGUGAGGAGGUUCUCAGGCAUGGGCCUGGAAACAGAGGUAAAGGAAACGAGAAGUUGGUUCUUGGGAACAACGAUUCUGGUGCUUCUGCGAGUGUGCGUACGCGAGCUAGUACCAGGACCCGGAAGUUCAGUUGUGAUGAUAAAGGAAAGGGGAAAAUGGCUGUGGAUGAGGUUUUAUUGCCCCAGAAUUCAAGUGGUGAUGAGAUGGAUUCGGAACCUGUGAUCUUUGAAGAGAAUCAGAGCGUCUCAGGAGCAGCAGCUGAUGCUGAUGUGGAACCGCUUUGGAAGAAAGCGGCAAGAGAGAGAGCUAUUAAGCUGGCCCCAAAAUUUGCAUUCUUCAAAGCAGAUGAAGUUGUACAUAGUGAUGAAGAUGAUGCAGAAGAGUUAGAGCCUGCGGCUGAUGCUCAGGACUGGCCAGGUCCAUAUUCUACUGCAAUGAGGAUCAUGGAUGAUAGAGAUGCUAAAUUGAGAGCCCGGGAGUUGAAUCCGUCGUCUAAACUAGAUAAUGGCGCUGAUAAUGUCAUUUCGUGGACGCCUUUGAAAAACAAGAAAGCUCCGCUGCGACCCGUCCCAUCACUUGCAAGCUUAUGCAUGCAAACUCUGGCAAGCCAUGCUGAAGGUAUUGAAUCUCUUGGAGGCAUACCCGAGGAGUUAAAACAUAAACUUCUCACGGAACUGUGCCGUUCUAGGAAGAUGAAUACCCAUCUUCUUACUGAAAUCUUGUGUGACAAUCCUGUGGCACUGCAGCUUAGUGAGUGUUCGUGGUUGAGUGAGGAUGACUUUGAGACUGUUUUUGGGAAAUGCAUGACUGAAUCCUUAGAGGUUCUGCAGCUUGACUUAUCUGGGCGAUGCAUGCCUGACUAUAUUUUGCCUGCUACCUUGGCAAAGGUUCCUAAUUGCAUGCCAUUAUUAAGAAAAAUAUCUCUGAUGGGAAAUUACCGUCUUUCUGAUAAUGGGUUAGACAAACUCAUCUCAACAGCACCUUCUCUGAGUUCGCUAAAUUUAAGCGAGUGCUCUCUUCUCACAUCAACUGGAAUUGAGAAUCUUGCUAAUACACUGCAAUCCGUAUUGAGAGAACUAUAUAUUAAUGACUGCCUAAAUGUGGAUGCCAUGAUGAUUCUUCCUGCUCUAAAGAAAAUUAAACAUCUGGAGGUUUUAUCAAUGUCUGGCAUACAGUCUGUCUGUGACAAGUUUGUGAAUGAGCUCAUUCCUAUACAUGGCUCUAAUAUAAGGGAGUUAGCAUUUGCUGGUUGCCUGAAACUGACCUCAUCCUCCAUUAAGACUAUUGGGGUGAACUGCCCCCAGUUAUCAUCUUUAGAUAUACGAAACUUGAAUAGGUUGCGUGACUCAGCAAUGAGAUAUCUUCGUGAUGGCUGUCGGCUUAUAAAGAAAUUAAAACUUCAAAAGAGUACAUUCAGUGAUGAAGCACUGUCUCAGUUUUUGGAAGAAUCUGGAGGAUCUUUGAGUGAGUUGAGCCUAAAUAACAUUGAGAAGGUUGGAAACCUUACUGCACGGGCGAUCGUUCUUAAGUGCUCCGUAUGCUUGGAGGUUCUGGAUGUUUCCUUCUGCCGUGGUCUGACCAAUGACGCUUUGGGGCUUAUUGUUGACAGUUGCUCAUCGCUGAGAACUCUCAAGCUAUUUGGGUGUACCCAGAUCACUGAUAUUUUCCUCAAGGGCCACUCAAACUCAUUGGUGAAAAUUAUUGGGACAGAAGGGAGCAUACUGGAGCAAUUGGGUUGUCAUUAGUCCGCCCCAGAAUCAUGCUACAUUUGCCUGACCAGUCAGCGGUCCAGCUUAGGCAGGGAAACUCUUCUAGAUCCUACCUUGCUGAUACCAGUUAGAUUUCUAGAACUUUGUCAGUUUGAUUUCUAGAGCUUCGUCAGUUAGAUUUAUAGCAUUUGGCUAUUAGGUGCAUGGCACUGAUCAUAUGGAUCUUCGUCAGUUAGAUUUAUAGCAUUUGGCUAUUAGGUGCAUGGCACUGAUCAUAUGGAUCUCAUCUAGAACUUCCUUAUAUGAUUCAUGAUGGAAGUGUUAUUUUGGCGAUUAGGUGCAUGACUGAUCAUAUGAUUCAGGACGUAAGUGUUAUCUUGGCUUU